AUGGAAAGAUGGUCUACUACACAAGGAUUGGCUAGAAGCAAAGAUAAAACAGUUUUUUGAGAUUAAGAUGGGAUCACUUGUCAAACAAAUGACAGAAACAACUGCUCCAGUUCCAGAUGUGAAAAAUAAGCCUGAUGAUUCGAAAAAACAAGAAACAACUCCUCAACAAACCAAACAAGUUUCAGACCAAACAAAAGAGAUGACUGAUGAAUUGAAACAACAAGAAACAACUCCUUCACAAACCGAACAAGUUUCAGACCAAACAAAGGAGAUGACUGAUGAAUUGAAACAACAAGAAACAACUCCUUCACAAACCGAACAAGUUUCAGACCUAACAAAGAAUAUGGCUGAUGAAUUGAAACAACAAGAAGUAACUUCUGAAGAUCCAGAAAAGCCUGGUGACUUGAAAAAAGAUGAAGAAUCCACAUCUCCAAGUGACACAAGUGUACUGGAAAAAGAUAGUGAGAGUCAAUCAUUUGAUAAGGGCGCAGUAACUGAAUCAGAAUCAGCUAUGGAGGUAGAUGAAGAAGAAAUAAAAGGUGAGCGACAGAACCCCAGCAAAGAAAAUCAAGAAAUACAUGAGACACAAUUGUAA